AUGUCGAAACCUGUCCUUAGUGACCAACUAGCAAGAUGGUACCUCUCAUUCCAACAGUUCGAGAUCGUGUACAUCCCUCAAAAAGCUGUGAAAGGACAAACAUUGGCGAAUUUCUUGGUAGACCAGCCGAUACCGGAUGAUUGGGAGUUAACUGAUGAGCUUCCUGAUGAAGAUGCGAUGUUAAUUGAAGUUCAAUCUCCUUGGAAAAUGUACUUUGAUGAAGCUGCACAUCGUGGCGGAGCUAGUGCUGGCGUAGUGUUCAUCACUUCACAAGAAGAUAUCCUACCAUUCUACUUUACUUUGAAGCAAUGUUGCUCCAAUAAUGUCGUUGAAUACCAAGCGUUGAUACUUGGACUUGAAAUGGCCGUUAACAUGAAGCAAUUAAACUUACAUGUCUUUGGUGACUCUCAGUUGGUGAUCAACCAACUCUUGGGAAGUUAUGAGGUGAAGAAGCCCGAAUUACGUCAUUAUCAUGAUUAUGCUCAAAAGUUGAUAGGAUGGCUUGGAGAUGAAACCCUUCAACAUGUGCGUAGAAUGGAGAAUAAGAAAGCUGAUGCAUUGGCUGCUCUAGUUUCAACAUUAACCCUUCCUGAUCAGACGUAA